AUGGCGACUCCUCCCAACGGCACCAGCAGCACCAAUGGCCAUCACCACACCAGCUCCCCACAGCCUGAUUCCAAAAUCGCCAUCAUCGGAGCCGGAGUCGGAGGUCUCGUGACAGCGCUACAACUCCACGCCCAAGGCUUCAAAAACAUCUCAUUGUACGAAGCAGCUUCGCAAAUCACCUGUUUAGGAGUCGGAAUCAACGUCCAACCCUCAGCCGUGUUGAUUCUACGAAAUUUAGGAUUACUACCAGCUCUACAGAACACUGGAAUCGAGACGCAAGAAUUGAAUUUUUAUGAUAGGUUUGGGAAUGAGAUUUUACGGGAGAAGAGGGGGAGGUAUGCGGGAUAUGAGGUUCCGCAAGAAAGUCAUCUCAAUCAUUGCUUGUCUACGUUCUCGAAUGAGGGUGAUGGAGUUCGACUUGAAUUCGUCCAGCGCAAGACUUCAUCCCCUGCUCUUCACGCCUCCGUAACUGCGGAUCUUGUCGUCGCAGCAGAUGGGAUCAAUUCUACUGUGAGAAGGAUCUUAUAUCCGAAUGAAGGACCACCGCAUUUUUCCGGGAGGAUUCUUUGGAGAGGAUGUUUGGAAUCCGAUCAACCCUUCCUCACAGGUGCGAGUAUGAUCUGGUCUGGUUACGCGAACCAGAAAUUCAUCGCAUACCCAAUCCUAAAAUACCCUACACCUACCAGCAAUACCGAGCAGGGAGAUGCGCCUACUGGGAAGACUCUAAUAAACUGGAUCGCCGAACUCCGCACGCGUUCCGAAGAAGACUGUCUCAAAGAUCCCACACCACCGGAAAAAACCGACUGGUUAAAGUCCGUACCCAAAGAACGUUUCUCCCACGAAUUCAAAAAUUGGAGUUUUAAAUUCUUGGACGUUCCGGAUUUGAUCGAGAAGACGGAGAAAGUUUUCGAGUUUCCCAUGUGUGAUCGUACACCGGUCGAUCGAUGGACGUUUGGGCACCUGACAUUAUUAGGAGACGCGGCACACCCCAUGUAUCCCAUCGGCUCCAACGGCGCAUCCCAAGCAAUUCUCGAUUCCGCAUCUCUUGUUCAGCACCUUUUGAAUCCAGUCUUUUCGAUUCGUGAAGCUUUGAAAGCUUAUCAAAACGAGCGUUUACCAGCGACUGCGAAAAUCGUGUAUGCGAAUCGUGGCAAUGGGCCGGAUCAUGUUAUGCAGGUUGUGUAUGAGAGGGCGCCGGAAGGGUUUGGGCAUAUCAAUGAUGUGAUAAGUAACGAGGAGCUUGAGGACAUUGGGAAGAAUUAUAAGAUGAUUGCUGGGUUUGAUUUGUCGAGGGUUAAUGAGCUUGCGAGGAAGACGGAGGGGGAGAAUGAGAGGUUGGGGUUGAGGUGUCCGAAGAAUUGGGAGGUGGUGAAUGGGUUGUGA